UCUAAAAUUUUGUACUACAAAUUAUAAACACAACCCUUUUCUCUUUUUUAUGUGUGUAAAUUUUUGUGUAAUUAUAAUUUGAAAAUAUGGCCAAUUAUGAUCUUGUACCGAUUCAAGAAGAAGUAGGAUUAGAAACUGAGGUUGAAAUGAAAUCUUAUGGCGGAGAGAAAAAGCACGAAAGGAAGCCCUCCACCGAGGCCGCCGGCAAGAAGCAUGAAAGGAAUCCCUCCACCGGGGCUGCCGGCAAGAGUGGCAGAGCUCCUCCGUCCGCGGCAGCGGUGAGUAGGGUGCAAACGAAUGAAUGGGAAUCCGGCAUCUUCUCAUGUCUUGUUAAGAAUGAUGAGUUCUACAGCAGUGAUGUUGAAGUUUGUGUACUUGGGUGUUACGCGCCUUGUGUGCUUCACGGGAGCAACGUCGAGAGGCUAGGAUCAAAGCCGGGGGCUGCGACCUUCACUACUAACUGCUUGCCCUACACCGCGCUCUGCUUACUCGGUAACUGCUUCUUCGGCUGGAAUUGCUUCUCUCCGUGCUUCGCCUAUCCCAACCACACGGCCAUUCGCCAUAGAUUCAAUUUAGAAGGCAACGGUGAGGCCACGGCCAAAUCCAUAGGCUGCUUGGAAAACAUCAGGAUGCAUGAGACACAGCGCGAGCACUGUGAGGCCGCCUGCGACUUAGCUACGCACAUUUCAUGCCAUCCCUGCGCCCUUUGCCAGGAAGCUCGCGAGCUGCAUCGCAGGCUACCUCACCCGGGGUUCACAGCCAAACCUGUGAUCGUGAUGCUUCCACCCGGAGAGCAAUCGAUGGGCCGCUGAGCCUAGAGGGUUAGAUCAUAAAU